UUGCACCCAGCAUAACUGUGUACCCCACAAAGACACAUCCACUGCAGCACCACAACCUCCUGGUGUGCUCUGUGAGUGGCUUCUACCCAGGCCACAUUGAAGUCAGGUGGUUCCGGAACGGCCAGGAGCAGGAGGACGGGGUGGUGUCCACAGGCCUGAUCUGGAACGGGGACUGGACCUUCCAGACCCUGGUCAUGCUGGAAACAGUUCCUCGGAGCGGAGAGGUUUACGUCUGCCGGGUGGAGCACCCGAGCUGGAGCAGCCCCGUCGCCGUGGAGUGGAAAGCACAGUCUGGAUCUGCACAGAAUAAGAUGCUGAGUGGAGCUAUAACCUUUGGCCUGGGUCUGCUUUUUCUUGGGAUGGGACUGUUCAUCAACUUCAGGACUUCUGGAGCACACCCUGGACUUCAGCCAACAGGAUCUCUGAGCUGAAGGGAAGGUGACGACACUGAAGGGUGGACCAGUG